UUUAAUAACUAAGUAUAAACAUUUUGCUUCUUACCAAAGAAAUUAAGACCCUUAAUCAAAAAAAAUGUUGGCAAUGUCUCCUUUAUGCCUUACUUUAGGAUGGGAGUAUCCCUUAGAAUUAGAGACUAACCAAGCUUUUGAUAACUUCGAUUUCGAUUCGAUGUUUGUUGCUAAUUUUAAUUCGUCUUCUCAAGCUCAAGAUGAUUGUGGAGUUAAUCAGGAGUGUAAUGAUCAUGCUAAGCAAAGUGAAUCGCCACAAGAUACAAGUUCAACGGAUCAAUUUGAUAAUAAUGAUAAUAAUAAUCCCUUGUUAUCAAAGAAGCUUAAUCAUAAUGCAAGUGAAAGAGAUCGAAGAAAGAAGAUCAACGAUAUGUAUUCUACUCUACGUGCCUUGCUUCCCGCACAUCAUCAUAGGAAGAAGCUAAGUAUUCCAUCGACAGUUGCGCGGGUGCUUGAGUAUAUACCUCAACUACAAAAGCAAGUGGAGGAUCUAACUCAUAAGAAGGAAGUGUUUUUAUCAAAAUUAUCGGUUUUACAAGGAAAUGCAGUCCAUGAACAAAAGCAAAAUGAGUGUAUAGUAAGUAAAGAGACGGCUUCGUGUUCGAUUUCUGCCAAUAAGCUUGGUGAUAAGGAAAUGGUGAUUCAAAUAUCAACAUUUGAGAGACUAUCUAUAUCUCAUGUUCUUUUGCUGCUCGAGAAGAAUGGUUAUCUUGUCAUUGAUGUUUCUUCUUUUCAAUCAUUCGGAGGAACAACUUUCUACAAUAUACAUUUGUGGAUGGAAGGUAGCUAUGUUGUAAAGUUCGACGAAUUGAAUGAAACAUUGAUGUCUUUGCUUCAGAAGCAACCGAUGCAAAUGCAGAUGGAAGUACCCAUAUUCGUGUAGCGUAGCGGAUCGGAUCGGAUCGGAAGAACCCUAAAAUACAUGUUAUUAGUACUCCUUAGUAUAUAUUUGAACUUUUGUAAAUCAGUUGUAACUGAAAAUUCAAAUCCAUUAGCCUAAUUAUCUAUUGGAUUUCAUUAUUAAAACAAUCACACAUUAUAUCUCAUCAUUGUAUUAUAUUAGCAAGAUAAAUUUUAAAAGCUAUGCAUAGUUCUCAUUUUACUUACAGAAAAAAUGGAAUUCCUUGUAGUAGCUAUGGGAGUGAAAGUUAUUUGGAUUU